AUGUACGUUGCAUCUUACGCAGGAGAGCAACGAGCAGCGCCGUUCCAUCGUGACAGAGAAUACUUCUCGGCAGAAGGCGUGAGUUCGUUGGCCCGCCGCAGUCUCUUCCAACUUGCUGCGGGGGCAGUGCCCUUUACUGAGGUGGCAUCGUCCAGCGCCGGCGCGACGGCGAAGGAGACACCUGCACGUUUCACACACGAAGGAACAAGCUUCGAGGAUAUGCUGAUGCGGGUGGCAGCCGCCGAGCGCCAGAAAGAACGGAUGCCUCGGCACUUUGGGCAGUAUCCGAACCCGGAGUGGCUGCCUCCCCAUCUUGAGGCAUGCCACAGACCCAGGGGUAUGUUCGUAGCACGGCUUCGACCUGGAAAAGCAGGGUGUGGUGCUGACAUCGCGACGGACGGAGCCUUCGCAAUGCACUCCCAGCACCCGCUGCUUCAGACACUUGGGUUUGCCCAGAAUACAACGCAGCACUUGGUGUACUGGGCUGAACGAAAGAUAGUCUUUUGGGGAGCGAGUGCAGCAGAAGCUUGGAGCAUCUGCCGCGACACCAUGUUCUUUUCCAGGAAUGGCAUGCUCCCGGCUUCCCGCCAUGGCCCCGGACCAAACAGAUGGAACAGGCGGGCGUGGCCAAGCUAUGCACAGCAUCGCAAGUUAAAGUUGAAGGGGCUGUGCGCGGGCAAAGUCUCCUUUGCCAUCAUGCUGUGGCAGGCGAGGUACAAGCAGGGCAGCCACGUGCCCGCAGCUCCAGAUUCAAAGGAUCAUGAUUAUGUGGGAGGUUCAGCUCCCAGUGACUCACUUGCCCAGUGCAUCAGCCACCGCAUUGUGGUUGGGAGGAUUCAAGAUGUUCAGAGGGUCGUCAGAGCAAACAUCCGGGAGUUCGUUACAAGCCCAGCUCUGUGGCUCCGCGUGCCAAACCCUUUCGACGUCGGCAUUGAUGCUCGUACUUGGAAGCACUACAUGGAUUGCGUGGAAUUUGAGUCCGGUAAGAUCACCCCCGAUGAUGACAUCGACGCACAAAGACAUCGAGACCUAAAGCGGCCAGAUCAGCAUUCUCUUUCCGAUCUGGAGCGGGCCAUAAAGCGUUUGGACGCUUGGACGAGGGUUAUGCUUCGCCUGAUUGAGCACGGGGAGAUGGUGGACAUAACUCUUAUCCUGUCACCAGUUGACCCUCUCAUCUCCAAGAGGGCUUGGGAGAGGCACUUGUGGAGCGUGCGCUGCAGGUUGGCAGUUCUGAGCGGGCCUGUUGUUCCAACACCGCAGCAAGAGCCUCCUCCCCAUGAUUAUUCGGGUGGGAAGACAGUGGAUGCGGCUGCUGCAGAUCUUACCAGCUUCGUGAGGGAUCUUCACUUCGAUGACACAACGCAUGAUACAGCUUUCAUGUUCGAUGUGGAGCUUGAUGACGAUGCUUUCCUGCAUCAGCCCCUUCCUUUGCGCCCCCUUCCACCAGAUCCAGACAGCCAGGAUGGCUUCAUCAGGCGGCCAAGGGCAAUCUUGGAGGAGCCCGAACAGGUUCAGCAAAUAACUCUCGCCGGAGAUGAUUCUGAUAGUGAAGAAGGCGUCUGGUAUCCAUCUUUCGAUUUGUCGGAUGGUGGUUACAACGAUGUUGUAUUGAAUGCAGUGCAGCCUCAGGACGGACAGAAGCCCAGCACCGACUACGAAGGAGGAGGCUUGCUGGAUGAACUGCUGGUUGAUCUGCCAGGUUUUUACUUCUCCUUCGACUACCUCAGAAAGUUAGCAUGCACCUGUACAAAGAUGUUGCGUGCCGUUCAAGAUCGUCGGCACUGGCGGGGCAGAAGAGUUUCAGUGAACACGGAGGAGUUUCAAGAUCCGACCAAGUUGCGCUGGAUGAUGGAGUCAUACUUGUGCGCGCACUUGGUCACGGUGAACAUUCGCCAGCUUGCCAUGUUCCAUGUCUUUCCUCGCAAUGUCAUGCUGGAGUGGACUGCGAGAGGUGUUGUUGGAGGACCUGGACCUGCAGCCUGCCGACAUAUGGCCGGCUUCGAGUCAUCUGGCCCACUCAUGGGCGCUGCCGUAUUCGAUGUUGUGCUGCCUUGCAAGGUCGUAGGCAUGUACAUUGGUGUACGUGACUGGUGUGAUUUGAACAGACGCAGACAGGCGUACUGCAGGCUCGACAAUGUCUUUCUGGAUAACGCCAUGGCUUCCUUUGGACUAGCUGACCUUCCGCCGCAGCCGCAUGUCAGCCGCAGACCUGUUCGCUUGCAACCCAACCGUGUUCACCGCUUCAGUGUCCGCUGGCACGCGAGGCUUUUCGAGAUCAUGUUGGACGGCGUUCACAUUGCAACAGCCAGGGCUCGGGAAGGAGCGCCGCCUGCUCCACGGGCUUUAUCCAGGCUGUUUGUCUGGGCUUUUGCUCGUCCCACUCCGGACCUCGUCAGCAUGGUUCAAUUUCGCCCAAUACGUUCACCAGUGGAAAUGACAGCUACAAUCACAUGUGUCAUCUGCAACAGAGACUUCGGGCUGGGCAUGCCUCGCUGGUGCGUGUGUCCGCGUUGCGACACAUGGGUUUGUGCGGCUCACGCUGGACAGCAGCCUGAGCGCUUAUGUUCUCGGUGUCCGAACCUUUUGCUCGACUAUGUCGGCGGAAGUUGCAGAGAUGAGAAGCCGUAUCCCAACGCAGGAGGAUCGACAACAUCCACUGCGAUGACACCAGAACAGUGGUUGCGCCUCACUUUGCACCGACAGGAGGCUCUUCGCCGACGUCGAGGCAGCAGCAAGGGAUAUGUCCAGCUUGAGUCUGAGUUCAACCGAAUUUGGCAGGCGUCCAUGAGUCCCUUGUGCUGUCCCACGUACGGGCGCGGAACCUCGCAAAUUCGACUUCCCCUACCGGCGAGAACCCCGUUGACGCUGCCUGUUUUAGAAGACUGCCCGACGAACUUUCUGGAAUUUACCAUUCCUUCUGUGGAUUGUGAUCUUCUGCGUCUGGCACAUAAACACCCAAGAGACGACUCAAUACGUUUCGUGGAGGAGACGCACACGUAUUAUUUGCGAGAGUGCAGGAUUCCAUUGUCUGUGACGGGCCUAGUGCAUAAUUUCGCGGCAGAGUUUGAUGCUGACAAGGCGAUUCAGUGCAUGAUGCAGAGCAGACGGUGGCCUCGACCAGAAUAUUCUGUCGAGCAUGGCGGCCUCCUGAUUCCAAUGAGCCCGCCCCAAAUAAAGGACCUUUGGAAAGCAAAUGCAACUGAGGCUGCUGCCAGGGGCACAUGGUUGCAUCUUCAGUUGGAGGUUCUUCUCAAUGGAGGCAAAGUCCAUGAGAACAAGGUGGAGCUGCAACUCUUUUCAACGUUUCUUCAGCAGAUGCCAAAGCUAAUUGCUUUCCGCUCUGAAUGGUGUGUCUACGGCGAGGAAGAAAAGCUGGCUGGGUGCAUAGACUUCGUGGCACAAACACCUUCGUCGGAUGUUAUCCUUUUCGACUGGAAGCGCACAAAGCAGCUACGCAGGAAGUAUGUGUCUCUGUGGUCCACCAUGAAACAACCUCUUUCUCAUCUGGACGACUGUGCCGGCAUACAUUAUCGCUUGCAAUUGAACUUGUACAAGUACCUAAUCGAGAAGUACUAUGGCUUGCGUGUUGCUGCUAUGUACGUUGUUUGCCUUCAUCCCGACAACCAGGAAGAGGGUCCUUUCAUUGAUUGCGUGCCAGACAUGCCGUCAGAGGUAGACGCGAUUCUGGAGGUUCGCCGGCUGAAGCUUGCAGGCCAGAGCUGCGAUUACAUCGGUGGAUCCUCAGGUUCAGGUCAGCUACCUCAGGCAGACGCAGCAGACGGAGAUUCUUCCCAGCUUGAUUCGGCGAUGCCAAACAUCGGUGAAGAUCCUGAAAAUGACCACCGGCCAUCUGAAGAAAUGGACGAGCAGUUGGACAGGGCCUCUCUUUCUGCCCUUACGCAAGAUUUGCAGGCUGCCAUAGAUGCGGUCGAGUGGGACGAAAGUAGCCGCACGGUGUUGUCCAAGGCCAGAAAGAGGAGUGCAUUGCCUGGCGCCGCCAGUACAAUGUCCAGAUUUGAAAGUACUUUCAACUCUCAGCUGCAACGUGCGAGGGAGUCUCUGGAGACGGCCAUUCCAUCCAACCGCAACGAAGAGAACAACAUUCUUCAGCAGACUGCUACCAUCCGGCGCAACGUGAUUGCGCAGGCCGGAGAGGUCCCAGAGGACCUACUGAGAGUAAUUGUCGCAGCGACAGUGGUCUAUCGGAUGCGGCUGAGUGAUAUGCAUGUCCGAGAGCAAGUCUUGCUGCUCUGGGUCAUAGAAGGUGAGGUUCAUAUGAGAUGUCACGGAGGCGACCUUUACUUUUACCGCGGUGGUGCCUUCACUUUGCACCGUGGCAUUCCACCGCAGGAGACCUUGGCAAGGUGCAAGCGUUACAUGUUGUAUCUUGAAGGCUUGUUUCGUCUGCUACCAGGCCCGAGCCCGAAGACAGAUGCUGAGGUCCUAAGUGCCGUGAUGAAUCUGUACGUGGAGCACAAUCGAAACUCUCGAGAGUUCUUGAGUGCAUGCGAGGAUGCUGCUCGCGUUGCCGUCGUUAGUCGUUCUCGCUCUAGCCGCCGUCUUGGGGAGGAGGAUGCAGCCCCGGAGGUGCAUGACUGUUCGCUGGCAGAUGCUAUUUCCAAGGUCGGCUUAACCAUGCAGCGGCAUCUACUUGAUGACAAGAUUUUCAGUCUAGUGGUGGAGUGGUGCGACACACCGCUAACCCGUGCGUCAGGAUGCUCGUACCAGGACUGCACAGUGCUCUACGAUUGCAGUCAGGACAGUUAUGUCAACUUUGUCAGCGACAGCCCGAAGAAUAAUAUCUACACGCACAUCCCACACCCACUACGCGAUCCAGUGCUGGAAGAAGCUUUGCAACGAACGCUUGCGUUCUACUCCGAAACCUUCUGGCUGAACAAUGAUGCAGCUUGGUCUUAUGGUGCUGAGUCCAUGGGUCUGUUCAGUUUUCUCCGAGUCACACGUCCUCCAGCAAUACGACAUCCCAGGUCUUUCGCUGCAACCAGGCGGCCAUUGCGCUCGCCAAACGAGGCGAGAACGUAG